UAAAUAUUUGAGUUUAAUUUUUCAAUAACGAAUAACCUCGUGAUCAUCAUGCCGUAGCACGCACGUGUUGAUGUUUCAAAUAUCAAAUGUCAAGUAUCAACAUCUAAAACACCAAACGCCUCUUAGUUUCUCAGUAAUCCUCUUUGUCUACUCACCAAGUACUAGUUUGUUUGAAAUUCCAUCAUGGAGUAACCUUCAAAUUCAAAUAUUUUUACAUUAAUUUAUAAAUUAUCUACUAAAGAAAUUGGUAAUUAAUUGAUUUAAUUAUUAAUCAUGGCUAAUGGAAUUGAUCCAGUUUUUGGUGUUAGCCUCAGAGAUUUGAUGUCAGACGAUGGCGUAGUAUUUAAUUACGGCAAUGAAUUUAAUGAAAAUGAUGAACGUUUCAAAUUUGAUCCAAAUAUUAAUUUUACCGAUGAUGAAUUACUUAGAUUUAUGAAUCUCGAGAUAUCAGACGAUGAAGAUAAUGAUGACGAUCAAAAGAGUGGUGAUGAUGAUGAAAAACAUAAAACCCCUGUAUCACCGGGUCUUAAUUUUGAUAAGAUUAAAAAUAAAAUGGAAAAUUUAGGUAACAAUGAAAAGAUAAAGAAGUUAGUCCUCCAAAAAGGUAUCGGAGAAAUAAUCCCAGCAGAUUCUCAAGUAACAAUAAAAUAUUCUGGUUAUCUUGAAGGUCAAGACAACCCAUUUGAUUCAACUUAUCAACGUCAUUCAGUGAAUCGCUGUCGUUUAAAUCAGGGUGAAUUAAUUUGGGGAUUGGAUUUAUCAAUUCAGAGUAUGCUAAAACAUGAAGUGUCAAUAUUUUUGAUUGACCCAAGUUUAGCUUACGGUGAAAUGGGUUGUUGGCCAACCAUACCUGGUAAUUCAGAAGUAAUGUUUAUUGUUCAUCUAUUGGAUUACGCAGACAACAUUGCUGCUGAUGAUUAUAAGGCACUUGAACCAGAAGAACGUAGAAUGUUUGCUAAAAUUGAGAAAUCAAUCAAACAAUUGUUAGUUACUGGUGCAGAUAAUUAUAAACGUGGACAAACAAAGCUCGCUAUUCGCGAUUAUAAACGUGCUAUUGAUCGCUUGGAAGAUUCUAAGUUGGAUAACGACCAAGAAGAAGAACGUUAUAAUUCAUUGUUAUCUCGUGCUUACCAAAAUUUAGCACUUUGUUACAAUAAAGAAGAUAUGCCGCGAAAAGCAUGCAUUGCUUGUAAUAAUGUUAUUAAUAAAACAGCUAAAACUUAUUUUCACUAUGGACGCGCAUUAAUUAAAAUGGGCGAGUAUGAAGAGGCAUUAGAAAAACUAUACAUUGCACUAGAAACAAAUUCACGUAAUGAGGAAAUAAUGAAAGAACUUGAGUUAGCUGAUAGACUAAAUCAGAAAAAUAUGGAAAUUCAAGAAGCUAUGAGGUCGAAUUGUUUGAGUUUGAAAAAUUUACCAUUAGAUACUAAAGAUGGAGAGUACAAAAAAUUAGCUACGAAAUUUUGUGAUGAUUUUAAUAAUAAUAAUGAUAUUAUGAGACAACCAUUACCUGAUAGAAUUGAUCCAUUGUUGAAUGAUACUAUUAGAAAAGUUGCAUUAUUGAUGGGCAUUAAGGUUUCUUCAGUAAAUAAAGAUAAGAAAAAAAGUUUAUAUCUUGAAAAAUCGCAUUAUCAAUAACAAUAUUAUUUUUUUUUUUAUUGAAUAUUUCUAUUUUUUUAUUGGAUAGGGAUUUUAUCGGGAAAUCAAACACGACUUUGAGUAAUGUUCAAUGAUAAAAAUUGCCAAUAAAUAUUUGUUAACUAAACAAUAAGUUUACCAGUGGGCGGCUAAAGUAGAAAUGGGCAGACAAUAACGGGUAGUAAAAGUAAAGCUGUAGCUCAUUGAUAUCGUCCAAUAUAUAGUAAUGCAUUUGUGUUAGUAUAAUAUAGACAAGUAGAUGGAUUUCAGUUUUUUUGGUCAUUAUUUGGGUACGGACCAUUUAUUUCUUAACUCUUAUAUUUUUAUUAAAUUCCAGCUUUAACGAUAGAUAGUUUGUUUAAUGCUUUGAUAACUCGUUUUCGAUUAUUCGAAUCGGUUUUCUUAAAAUUUCAGUCUUCCCACUACCGUGUGUUUAGUUUUGUUCUCGACUACCCGUUAUAAGCCUGUUUUAUUUUAUAUCAUUUUAAACAUCAUAUUUACAUUUUGUUACAUACGCGACUAUCCCGAUUUUCCUGCUGCUUAUAGCGCUGAAAUAAAUACUUAUCUUUUUACACUAAUAAUAAUUAUAAUGCAAACAAUUAUAAUGAUAACGGUAUUGAUUGCAGUAAUAAUUAAAAUAAUAAUUUUAUUGAUGAACUUUAUGCUCAAUAAAACUUUUCAAUUGUAACAGAAGCUUUGAAUAUAAUUCAUGAUUACAAUUAUGAACAAUAAAUUAUAUUUUACUUAAUAAUGAUUAAAUUAUUAUCCGCGAAACAUAGAUAGUAAAUUUUCAUCAUUAAUUUGUAUAUUUUUCCUAUUCUUAGUUUAUAAUUUUGAUAAUUUUAACGGAGGCUUAUAACGGGUUCUCUGGUACGAAAAUUCUUAGAAUAAUUAAGAGGGGGAAGUUGUUUGGACUCAGUAACUCCAAAAAAAUAUGUCAAAAUUAUACUGCUGUCAUUAUCCAAUAAAUAUCUUAACGACUUAAUUAAAUAUAUCAUUACUAGAUUUAUAUAACUUUUGAAAAAUUACGAUAUAAAUUUUUAUUAGUGUUUGUCAUUUUUUCAGAAUAUUUGCAAAAUAAUGGAAGUUAAAAAUAUUUUUCGCAGUACUCAUUAAUUCAUUAUAUUUUAAUCGAAAAAAAAUCAGGAAUGUUUGAUUUAUGUGCAAAAUUUCCAUUGAACCAAUGUACUUGAAAGAGUUGAGACUAAAGAUCAUAAUUUUGAUUUUGUACUUUUAUGUUUAGUUUUUUA